AUGAAAGUGGUUCCAAACCAUUGCGGCACCGUCUUGGAGCUGUCCCCGCAGUAUCCAGGCAUGUAUGAAGUGCAGCUCGACGGAUCCCGGCAGAGUGUUUUUUUCGAUCCGGAGCCUGGCAACUACGAGCUCGCGGGCGUCUUUCGAUAUGCGGAGACCCAGCUCCUCAUCAUUUUUGUCAAUGGGGGCUGGAUGGAGGCGAUGGUCAAAAGCAUCGGCUUCGGAAACAUGCACGAUCUUCGGGUCGCCGACCUCCGCAUUACUGGUGGUGAGGGCAAGAAGAAGACGAUCAAGAUGAGUCUCAAUGAGUUGAACCACACCCCAGCCAAGCUGAAGUUGGACAGAUACAACUUGCAUGCAACGAAGUACUGUGAAGACCUCUGGAUGUCCUGCAGCCACAUCCCCGAUGCUCUCACAUGCCGACGCCUCGACUUACUGGCAAUGCCAUUCGCCGUGAUCAGCGGGCAGCAGGAGGACAAGGAGUCUUCAUCGGAGUCGGCAGAGAGUGGCAAUACGUCGCAGGAUUCAGACGACAGCGACCUUGAGGGCGUGGAUGCCAGGACCCUCGAGCCACAUGAGCAGGCCUGGAACCAGCUGCUGCGGGACAUUCUACCCAUUUCCCACAAGGUGCGGGAGGCUGGGGCUUUCUCUCGGCGAGCCAUUCUGGUCUUGGGCAAGCCCGCAAGUGGCAAGACCACCUUGCUCCGGCGGCUCGUUCUGGAGACGCUGAUUGCUGCCGGAGGAGGCUGCUUGCCCAUCAUCCUUCAGGCACAGGAAAUCGUAAGCACGAUCUACCACUCCUGUGGCUAUUGCGUGGAGGGUGAUGUGCUGGAUGCUGUGCUACAGAAGCGCUAUCCGAAUGACACCACCUACACGCUCCUUUGGCAGGCGCUCUACAGUCGAAGGGUGAUCCUUUUCGUGGAUGCUGCAGAUGAGAACGAUGCAAGUUCUUGGGAGGCGCUGACGCACUACUUGCACCAUCUUACCAGCAUCGGCCACCCCGUCGUUCUCUUCGCGAGACCCUGGAUCUCGGGCUUCCGCUGGCAGCUGCGGGAUCACUUCGCGGCCACAUCCUCCUACCGCAUGGGGCGCUUCUCCAAGCCGCUCCAGCGGCUGGCGGCGGCCAGGCUGCCAGCGCCGGCGGCUGCAGAAUUCCUGGCAACCUGGAGCCCGUGUGAAUCCAUCUGCAUUCACCCAGGAGGCCUGGCGUUGCUCCUCAGUCAGGCCGAGCUCCGAUUCGCGGCGCGCUUGGCGCCGACCAGCGCGAAGGAGCUGAGCACAGACCUGCUCACGCAGCUGGUGGACACGGCUGUCCCGCAUCUGAUCACUUUCCACCUCUCUGCUUGCCUUCCAGAUGGGGCAGCAGCAUGCGUGACGCAGGUCCUCGAGGUGAUGGCCAUGAAGCUUUUCAUCGACGGUGGUGAUCUCCUUCUGCCGGAGGCCAUGUGCAGCGUGUUGGAAAUGGAACAUCCGGACCUGGUGGGGAGCUGGCCAUUUGUGCAGGCUUUGAUCGAGACUGGUCACUUCGUCCUUGUAGAACCUUGCCUUCCGCCCUUCAAUGACGAGCGGCGCGGAAAGUUGGCAAUGCGCUUUGCUCCAUUGCCGUUGCGCGACUAUUUUCUGGCCCGAUGCUUCACGCGCUACAUGGGCGAGAAGCGCGUGCUUGGUCUCCCCCCUGCCGAGGACAUCGUUUUCAACUCUAGCUGGGACCUGUUCUUCGACUUCCUCAUCGAGCUCGCCGCCACCCACGGCGUCUGCGUGCCGGUGGACUUGAGUAGCAAGCCGGUGCUGACCGAAGCACAGCUCGCCAGCUUCACGGAUCGUCUGAAGAAUCUGCAGACACCGGUCAUCGAGCUCCAAAUGCCACCGAACCAGGUCAACGCCCUGCCGAAACUCUUGCAACUCCUCAAUGCCUCGACAAAGUCAGUGCGAUCGCUGGGGCUUACGGGCAACGCCCUCACAGAAGCUGGGGCCAAAGUGCUUUCCCAGGCUCUGGCAAGGGGAUGCGAGCUGCUGUCAUUGCAGCUGCAGAGCUGCCUCCUUGGUCCUGAGGGCGUGGAGGCAUUGAUGCAGGCCUUCCUUGAGGCACCGCGCCCAUCCAAGCGUCCGGCGAGGACUAGGAAGCAGCUGAAGGCAACACCGGACGAGGAGCUCGGCCCAGCCCCUCCUGAACAGCCAGCCAGAGCCGCGCUGAAGGUGUGGAAUUUGGACCUCACAGGGAACGGCAUCGGGCCGGUAGGCAUGCACAUCUUCUUUCGCGUUUUGGAGAUGAAGGAGAAGGUCUCGCAGUGCAUUCGGGAUUGCCUAGUCGGGAUGACGAUCGAGAGUAAAGUUAGUGUCUCAGGCUCCUUCGAGCGCUGA